AGCAUGCAUCUAUUAUUUCGGAACAAUUCCUACGAACGAUCUCAUAUGAGACACAAGUAUACUUAAUACUUAAUAACGAACGAUAUUUCGCAUUGCAUGAAGUAAUACAUCCAAGAUGAGGAUCAUAUAUUUACUACUAAUCGUAGCCGUCUGUGCAGUAAGUGCGAAAUACUUACCUUACGAAACGAAUCCACUUUCAAGGUCUCUAUUAUCCACACAUGAUGAUGAUUCUUCAUCAUCCUCAGAGGCUAAAGAAGAUGAAAGUGAAGUGGAUUCUAGGGAAAGCAGAAUUCAGGAAGAAAACCUGAAGAGACUAGAAAAAAUUGAAAAGGAAAGGAGAAAACAACAUGAAAAGCAAGUUGAACACGAACGUAAACAGCAAGAAAGAGAAGCUGAACAACAGCGUAAACAAGCUGAACACGAACGUAAACUACAAGAGAAGCAGGCUGAACGUCAACGCAAAGAGCAAGAACGUUUAGAAAAAGAAAAGCGCAAAGAAGAAGAGAAAGCCCUGAAGGCCGAGAAGAAACGGGCAGAAGAAGAACGUAAACGUCAAGAAAAGAUUCAGAAACAAUUAGAGAAAUUAGAAAAGGAAACUCUUGAAAAAGAACAGAACUUCCAGGAAGCCAUCGAAUCGGCUGAACAAGACGUCGACCUCGAUGAUAUCUGGAAGAUCUAUGUUUACGAAAAGUAUGGUCUAACUGCACUCAGCACCGGUCUUGAAAGGAAAGCAGCGCUGAGCAGAUUCUUCACGGAAGAGCUGGGCUUGAAUGCAACCAGCACUAAGAGCGAGAGGCGCCAAGCUAUCACAAACUUUGUUCAGACCAAGAUCUACGAAGAUGUUGCCACGCUUACUGCCUGGAGGAACCAUUUGGAGUUAUACUUGAACGCAAUAACCGUCCAAGCUGUACGAGCGGAGCUAGAAAAGAAAGUUGAAAAACUGGAAAACAAGACGGCUUUAUUGCAAACCGUGGCUGCACCCUGGACAGCGACGGCACAACAGGAAAUCGAUGAGAAGAAAACUUUACUCCAGUCUGUUGCUCAGCUGUUGUCAAAUCUUCUACCGAACUGGGUACUCGCUGAGUCGUCUGCAAAUGGCGUAGGUGCUAGUGGUGCUAUCAACCCCGCUGAUAAUGGUGCAGGAGCUGCUGCUUCUGUUGUUCCUGCUGGAUCUGCCCCUGCUGGCCCCGCUGGCUCUGCCCCUGCUGGUCCCGCAGGUUCUGCCCCUGCUGGUCCCGCAGGUUCUGCCCCUGCUGGCCCCGCUGGCUCUGCCCCUGCUGGCCCCGCUGGCUCUGCCCCUGCUGGCCUCGCUGGCCCUGCCCCUGCUGGCCCCGCUGGCCCUGCCCCUGCUGGCCCCGCUGGCGUUGACGCUGCUGGCCCCGCUGGCUCUGACGCUGCUGCUCCUGCUGGCCCCGCUGGCUCUGCCUCUGCUGGCCCCGCUGGCGCUGACGCUGCUGCCCCUGCUGGCCCCACUGGUGCUGACGCAGCUGCCCCUGCUGGCCCCGCUGGCGCUGACGCUGCUGGCCCCGCUGGCUCUGACGCUGCUGCCCCUGCUGGACCCGCUGGCUCUGCCCCUGCUGGCCCCGCUGGCGCUGACGCUGCUGGCUCUGACGCUGCUGCCCCUGCUGGACCCGCUGGCUCUGCACCUGCUAGCCCCACUGGCGCUGAUGCUGCUGGCCCUGCUGGUUCUGACGCUACUGCCCCUGCUGGCCCCGCUGGCUCUGCCCCUGCUGGCCCCGCUGGCGCUGAAGCUGCUGGCCCUGCUGGUUCUGACGCUGCUGCCCCUGCUGGCCCCGCUGGCUCUGCCCCUGCUGGCCCCUCUGGCGCUGACGCUGCUGGCCCUGCUGGCUCUGACGCUGCUGCCCCUGCUGGCCCCGCUGGCGCUGACGCUGCUGGCCCUGCUAGCUCUGACGCUGCUGUCCCUGCUGGCCCCGCCGGCUCUGCCCCUGCUGGCCCCGCUGGCGCUGACGCUGCUGGCCCUGCUGGCUCUGACGCUGCUGCCCCUGCUGGCCCCGCUGGCUCUGCCCCUGCUGACCCCGCUGGCGCUGACGCUGCUGCCCCUGCUGGCCCCGCUGGCGCUGACGCUGCUGGCCCCGCUGGCUCUGCCCCUGCUGGCCCCGCUAGCGCUAACGCCGCUGCCCCUGCUGGCCCCACUGGCGCUGACGCUGCUGUCCCCGCUGACGCUGCUGCCUCCGCUGCUCCGGCUGAUGCCGCUGCCCCUGCUGACGCUGCUACCUCCGCUGAUGCCGCUGCUCCGGCUGAUGCUGCUGCCCCUGCUGAUGCUGCUGCCCCUGCUGACGCUGCUGCUCCGGCUGAUGCUGUUGCUCCCGCUGACGCGGCAGCCCCCGCUGACGCUGCUGCGCCCGCUGACGCCGCUGGUCCGGCUGAUGCCGCUGCUCCCGCUGACGCUGCUGCCCCCGCUGAUGCCGCUGUACCGGCUGAUGCUGCUGCUCCCGCUGACGCAGCUGCCCCCGCUGCUCCGGCUGAUACCGCUGCCCCUGCUGACACUGCUGCCUCUGCUGAUGCCGCUGCUCCGGCUGAUGCUGCUGCCCCUGCUGAUGCUGCUGCCCCUGCUGAUGCCGCUGCUCCGGCUGAUGCUGCUGCUCCCGCUGACGCGGCUGCCUCCGCUGACGUUGCUGCGCCCGCUGAUGCGUCUGCUCCGGCUGAUGCUGCUGCUCCCGCUGACGCGGCUGCCCCCGCUGACGCUGCUGCGCCCGCUGAUGCCGCUGCUCCGGCUGAUGCUGCUCCUGCUGACGCGGUUGCCCCCGCUGACGCUGCUGCCCCCGCUGAUGCCGCUGCUCCGGCUGAUGCUGCUGCCCCCGCUGACGCUGCUGCGUCCUCUGACGCCGCUGCUCCGGCUGGUGCUGCUGCUCCCGCUGACGCGGCUGCCCCCGCUGACGCCGCUGCUCCCGCUGAUGCUUCUGCCCCCGCUGAUGCCGCUGCUCCCGCUGAUGCUGCUGCCCCCGCUGACGCUGCUGCGCCCGCUGACGCCGCUGCUCCCGCUGAUGCUGCUGCCCCCGCUGAUGCCGCUGCUCCCGCUGACGCGGCUGCCCCCGCUGACGCUGCUGCGCCCGCAGACGCCGCUGCUCCAGCUGGUGCUGCUGCUCCCGCUGACGCGGCUGCCCCUGCCGACGCUGCUGCCCCGCUGACGCUGCUGCCCCCGCUGACGCCGCUGCUCCCGCUGAUGCUGCUGCCCCCGCUGAUGCCGCUGCUCCCGCUGACGCUGCUGCCCCCGCUGACGCUGCUGCCCCCGCUGACGCUGGUGCCCCCACUGACGCUGCUGCGCCUGCUGAUGCUGCUGCUCCGGCUGAUGCUGCUGCUCCCGCUGACGCUGCUGCCCCCGCUGACGCUGCUGCCCCUGCUGAUGCCGCUGCUCCGGCUGAUGCUACUGUUCCCGCUGACGCUGCUGCCCCCGCUGACGCUGCUGCCCCUGCUGAUGCCGCUGCUCCGGCUGAUGCUGCUGCUCCCGCUGACGCUGCUAUCCCCGCUAACGCUGCUGCCCCCGCUGACGCCGCUGCUCCUGCUGAUGCCGCAGCCCCCGCUGACGCUGCUGCUCCAGCUGAUGCCGCUGCUCCCGUUGACGUUGCUGUUCCUGCUGUCACUGACGGCUCCGCUUCAGCAACUGAUGCCGCAACUUCUGAUGCAGCUGCAUCUGAGCCCGCUGCUACCACUGAAAAUAUUGUUGCUGGCGCUGAUACCACUUUGGCACCUGAGGCUGCCACCGAGGCUUCACCGUCUGAAGGUUCCGGGGCUGAACCCGCUGCUGUUGAAAACGCUGGCAUUGUAACUACCGAAGGUCCAGUGGAAGUCCAAACUGAAGCCGUAACAUCUCAGCCAGCUGUGGAAGUGACGGAAGGACCGGUCGAUGUAGUAACAGGAGCGCCUGUCGAGCAAAGCACGAAUGAGGUAGUCACUUCUGAAUC